AGUGAAAAUUACCGAAUUGAGUAUCUUCGAGGAAACAGAGUGACACACACUGCAAAUUUUUAGCUAUUUCGGGCUGGUAUUUUUUAUUUUAUUUUUGGUUCUCCUUGUUCACUUCGAUUCAAGACCUUCCUGAAGCUCCGAGUUCAGUCUUACUUUGUAGUUAGUGUUGGCGAUUCUUUCUUUUGAAGGCCGUUACCAGAAGCCAUGUUUCUUCUUUGAUGGAAUAGGUCCCGGACCUAGUAGGACUUGAGGUUGUCUCUCUGUUCCCAUAGGGUUCUUGUCUGUAGAGUUCCGAUGGCGGCUGUCAACCUGCAGGCGCUUCCUUUCGAGGACCACUUGCGGGGCCCCAUACGGAUCGACGAGGAGGAGGGUGAGUACGAGAAUGGUGCUGACGACGAUGCUAUGGUCAACGUGGAAGAGGUCCACUUGAAUUCUGUGAACGUUGCGGAGUGUUGCGGCGUAAGUGUUGGACGAGGAGUGAAUAUGGCGUCCCGGACCAGUGAGCUCACUCUCUCUUUCGAAGGCGAGCUCUACGUGUUCCCAGCUGCGACGCCUGAAAAGGUACAGGCAGUGCUCUUGCUUCUAGGUGGACCAGAUGUACCAACCAGUUUGCCCACAAUUGAAGUAUCUUGUAAUCAAAAUAACAGGGGCAUGGGUGAGACUCCAAAGCACCCAAAUCUUUCACGGCGAAUAGCUUCCCUGGUCAGGUUUCGUGAAAAACGGAAAGAGAGAUGUUUUGACAAAAAAAUUCGCUAUACUGUGCGAAAAGAAGUUGCGCAGAGGAUGAACCGUAAGAAUGGACAGUUUGCAUCCUUGAAAGAAAGUUCGACUGCUACAAAUUGGGAUUCUUCUCCCAGUAAUCUUCAAGAUGGUACUCCUAGUGCGGAAACUGUUUUACGCAGAUGUCAACAUUGUGGUGUUAGUGAAAAUAAUACUCCUGCAAUGCGUCGUGGGCCAGCUGGACCAAGGACUUUAUGUAAUGCAUGUGGUCUAAUGUGGGCAAAUAAGGGAACAUUGAGGGAUCUCAGUAAGGGGGCAAGGAAUAUUUCCAUGGACCAUAUGGAACCUGAAACCCCAGUUGAUGUCAAGCCAUCAAUUACAGAUGGAGACUUCUGUGACAACAAGGAUGAGCAUGAAACUCCCGAAGACCUGUUUAAAAAGCCUGAAAACAAAGGAUUCAAAAAGCCUCCUGUUAACCCCGAUGAGGAAGGUUUGCAUGGAACUGCUGAAGAUCUUUCAGAUACUCUUCCCGAUGGGAUUGUUCAUUCCUCAGUCAAUGAUGAUGAGCAGGGUCCUUUGUUUGAGCUUGCUAAUCCUUCAGAUACAGAAAUAGAUCUACCCGAUAACUUUGAUUAGAAGGUCAACAUUUGAUGAUGCUUGUAAAGUAGGGGUAUUUAGGGAUUUCAUAGUUGCUAUAAAUUACAAACAAUCGUGGAGGUGAACACCUGGUGCAAUGAUCAUCUUGUAAAUGGAGGAUUGCACUGCAGAUUUCAGAUGACAUUAGAUUCUUGGCCGAUAGUUGAUGUUGUUGAUACAAGUGGUUAGGAGAAACACUUUUACUUGUAUGUGAUUUAUUUAUUAGGGCUGUUCUGAUUGCUUAAUAUUUUUGUCAUUUUUCCAUUUUUGUCUCAUGUAAAAAGUGUCGAUUGAUUGUGGUUUUUGGAUUGAUCAUGAAUGGUCACGGUACCUUGAUGUGAAGUGUAUUUCUUUCUGUCUUCUUACAGAGGGUAUACUUGCUCAGGAUGAAUUCCAAUUUGAUAUUUGGUUGGCAAA